CAGGCGGGCGCGGGGAAGGCAGCGAUGGCGCUGAGCGGGGCCAUGAGGGCGGCGAGGGGCAGGUGUGCGCGGGCGCUGAGCUCGGCGGUGCCACCCACGGCGGGCACAGGUGCCACCCGGCGCACAGGUGACACCAUCUUCGCGCUGUCCUCGGCGCCGGGGCGCUGCGGCGUGGCCGUGAUCCGGGCCAGCGGGCCGGGCAGCGGGGCCGCCCUGCGCAGCCUCACCGGGACCCCCGAGCCCCCGCCCCGGGUCAUGGCCCUGCGGCGCAUCCGGGACCCCCAGACCGCCGAGAGCCUGGACAGGGGGCUCGUGGUGUGGUUCCCAGGGCCCCACAGCUUCACCGGGGAGGACUGCGCCGAGCUGCACGUGCACGGGGGGCCCGCCGUGGUCAGCGGGGUGCUGCGGGCCCUGGGCCGUUUGCCGGGGCUGCGUCCGGCCGAGCCGGGCGAGUUCACCCGCCGGGCGUUUGCCCACGGCAAGCUGGACCUGACGGCGGCCGAGGGGCUGCGGGACCUCAUCGGGGCCGAGACGGAGGCGCAGCGGCGCCAGGCGCUCCGGCAGAUGGAGGGCGACCUGGGCCGGCUGUACCAGCGCUGGAGCCACGCCCUCACCCAGGCACUCGCCCACCUGGAGGCCUACAUCGACUUCAGCGAGGAUGACAACGUGGAGGAAGAGGUUCUGACCCAAGUGUCCGGGCUGUGUCCCUGCCGUGUCCCCACCCGGGCUGACCCCGCCGUGUCCCCGCAGUUCGUGACACCGUGCGGGCGCUGCUGCAGGAGCUCCGGGGCCACCUGCGGGACGGGCGCCGGGGGGAGCUGCUGCGGGAGGGGGUCCGGGCCGUCAUCGCCGGCCCCCCCAACGUGGGCAAGAGCAGCCUGCUCAACCUGCUCUGUCGGCGCCCGGCCGCCAUCGUGUCCCCCACGGCGGGCACCACGCGGGACGUGCUGGAGGUGGCCCUGGACAUCGGGGGGUACCCGCUGGUGCUCAGUGACACUGCGGGGCUGCGUCAGGCCACCGAUCCCGUGGAGCGCGAGGGGGUGGCCCGGGCACGCGACCGGUUGUGCCAGGCUGACCUGGUGCUGGCAGUGCUGGAUGCCACCUCAGUGUCACCCACGCCGGUGGCUCUGGGGGCAGCGCUGGCAGCGCUGGAGCCGCCCCCGGGCACCCCCUGUGUGCUGGUGCUCAACAAGGCUGACCUGCUGGGGGGGCACAGGGGGUCCCCGAGUACCACCGGUGCCCAGGGACAGGGACCCCCUGCCACCCUGCUGUCCUGCAAGACGGGUGCGGGGAUCCCCUCCUGGGCUCUCCCAGCCUGACUCAGAGCAGGCACAGCCGCCACCUCGGGGCGUGCGCGGCAGCCCUGGAGUGCUUUGGGGACCUUGGGGACAGCGGGGACCUGGCGGUGGCGGCCGAGCAGCUGCGGGUGGCGCGUCGGGAGCUGGGCAGGAUCACCGGGCAUGUGGGCGCCGAGGACAUCCUGGAUAUCAUUUUUAGGGACUUUUGUGUCGGGAAGUGACGGUGGCACUCCAUGGGGUGGGGUGUCGCUGGGAUUAAACCAUGGUGCCUUUGGUGGC